AUGGCUCGAUUCUUCGCUGCUCUGCUGGCCCUUGCUGCCAUGCUCCAAGUCGGUGUCGCUGUCCCAUUCCCGAUCGCCAACGGUACUGUUCCUGAAGCCCCUUCCCCGACGUCGACUGCUACGGCCGGCGUCAUCAAGCGCGCCGACUACUUUAACACGACCGCGCGCGCCAUCAACUUCAACACGACCUCACCCACGAUCAAGUACGAGACACCCACACGUGGCCUGCGCAACUUUCCCGUUGCCCUCCCGCGACCGGCGUAA